AUGUAUUUCUCCUUGAAGACAGAUCAAAGGGAAGCGGCGGAAGGAUCACGAGUCUCACGCUUGAAAAGAAAGGGGGAUGGGAAGGAGGGAGGGAGAGGGAGGGGGUGGCUCGGAGAUGCGUCGGGAAACGCUGCGGCUCCGACAGCGGCGGGAUCCGGCGGCCUGACGGCAGGGGCCCGGCGAACUGGAAGGCGGCGGAGUCGCGAGUCAGUCAGAGGCGGGCGGUGGCGGCGGCUCCCCUCCUCAUUGCGCCAGGAGCAGCUGCACUCGGCGGCUGGAUCCAGCGGCCAUGGCGGCGGCGGUGGCGGAGGCAGCUCCCUUCAGACCCCAGGCAGCGGCUCCUCGACUGCUCCCCAUACGCCGGGGACAUGGGAACCCAGCAACCGCUUCCGUCCCUCGGGGCCCCCUCCCCCGUCCAAGGCACCAGCGCGGCCGCCCUCCCGCCCCUCGCUUCUGCACGGUCCCGCUCAGGAAGUGUCCGCGCUUUGCCCCCAGCCCGGGCCCUGUCAGUGGCUGCAGGGCCGGCUCCUCCUCGCUUCCUUCCUUCCUUUGUCACUCGGCCCGGGCGGCGGCGGCGGCGGCGGCAGCGGCAGCACAAACCUGCAUUCGCCCGGGUCGGGGGCAGCUCUGUGUGAGGAGUGCCGUCUGCGCAGCCGCCUAGCUUUUCCCCACUCCCCCUGCCCCCUCCUACUCGUCCUCCGCCUCCUUCCUCCCCCACCCAGCCUUACACCGCCCAGCGCCCCCGCGUCCGCGUAACAGGCGUCUGGGAAUCGCCGGCCGAGCCGAGUGUCCUCCCCCUUCGGUAGGGGAGCCGAAGCCCGAGCGGAACCAAUCACGGAUGUCGUUUGUUUGCAGAUCCUCCCGGAAAAAGCCGAUCGACCUGAGGAGCCAAUUAGAAAGUGUCGCUGGAAAUUCACGCCCAAGGACGGAAAAUGCCGAAGAUAGCCGACCGAGAAGAAGGUGGGUUCGCCUUGUCUUGUGGCUGGCUGGAGGAGAAAUUCGACAAUGGCAACAGUGACCAAUCGGAGUCGCCGGCCCUCAGGAAAAUGCUUGAAGAGUUAAGGACGGUGAAGCCCGGAGUCGCUGGUGAAACCGCACGGCUGGGCGCCGUGGCCGCUUUGUAAUUGGCCGAAACUCCGCUGGGAGUGCACCUCCCUCGGUGAUUGGUGAAGGAAUGGGGCUUCCGAGGACAGUCUGGCCAGUCAGGACAUCCCCUCCCUCGACGAGGUGGGGAGAAGUUGAGAGCGAAGGGAGGGCAUCUAUAAAGCGCCUUCUCAUUGGCCUGAAGCUCUGGAGCCGGAGUCGGGGCAAAAGGGAAAAGGAGGGAGGUCGAAACCCGUAGCGGCAGCCAAUCUGCUCUCGCUGCCGUCCAAUCGCAAGACCUAGCUGCAGUGUGAUUGGCCUUCGGUCUCCGGUGGCGGUCCCUGGAGCGGGGAGAAUCGCGACUGGGGUCGUGGCGGAUGGUUAGACGGGCUCGCCUGCGCUACUUGCAGCUUGUGUGGAAACUUGCAGAUAGGGAGCGCGAGCCCUUCGCGAGCCGGUGUGAAACUGCUGUGGUCGGCGGCGCUGGGCUCCGAGCGCUCGAGCGAACGGAGGGUUGAGGGGUCUCCCCACCCACUGGAGGCUCUCGGCGGGGCGGGGCUAAUUCUGCGCGCCCGAGGCUCCCCUCCGCCCAAGAGAGCGCGUCCCGAGCGCCGGCGUCUUCCCAGGAAGGGCCAGACGGAUUCAGGGCGCCUCCCCGGCUGGGUGCGAGUUCUCGGGCGCUAAACUGAGAACAAAGCUUCCAGACAGGCAGCGCCCCUCGGCGGCCGCGCCCCGCCCAGUCGCGGAGGCCAUUGAUAAGAGUGAGGGCGACUGCGCCUCGUGCGCCAGGCCAAACCCGGCCUUCCAGAAACGCCCCUGAGAAAUGAGCUCAUGCUGGCUGCGCGCGCUCUUCGGGCGCGACUGCCCAGCGCAGAACGGGCCCCAAAAGCAGGGCUCAUCAGGUGGUCCCUUGCAAAGAUCAGUGAUUCUGAGCCACAGUAACCAACCAGAGGACUAGAAAAAGAUGAAUAUAGGAAAGCUGGGUGAUACAGAACAGGAAUCAACAUGUCUGAGACAGCUGAGCACAUCCUCUUUUCAGUCCUCUUCUAUUUUCUCGAAUUAUGUCUUUACAAUUUGAAUGCAGUUUUACAUUUAGUCUUCCUAUCAAAAGUGAUCCAGUUGGGACUUCCCUGGUGGUCCAGUGGGUAAGAUUCCACACUCCCAAUGCGGGGGGCCCAGGUUCAAUCCCUGGUCGGGGAACUAGAUCCUGCAUGCAUGCUGCAACUAAGUCUGCAUAACAGAACUAAGAAGUCUGCAUGCCGCAAUGAAGAUCCCACAUGCAGCAACAAAGAUCCUGCAAGCCACAACUAAGACCGGCACAGCCAAAUAAAUAAAUAAAUAUUAAAAAAAAAAAAGUGAUCCAGUUACUCCAAUUUUUAUCGUUAAAUGCUUUGGCUGUGGUUCUAUGAAAGUUUUAUAAAUGUUGCUGGGUUUGUGUUUGAAAAACACAAUAUUGAAUAUCCUGAUUCCAUUAGGAAGUGUUUAUUAUGUGUCUGCUGCAUGCCCAGAACUGUGCCAGAUAUGGUGGGAAACACGUUUGCUCACAGCAAAUUGAGAAAACUAAAAACUAUACAUGUUUAAACUAUAAACUAUAUAUGUUUUAAUAUUUUCAAGGUCAAAAGGGUAUGGGCUCCUUCAGAAUUCAAAACAAAUCUCUUACAGAGCAAAGUCAGCUGGAACGCUAUGUAAGUAAACUAUUCCGUAGAGGUUAAGCUUUUAAUCUAGCAUGAGAGGAGUUAAAAUGAAAUACUUCUAAGCACCAGAGAAACCAUCAAGUGAAAAAUUCAUCAACAGGAGUUGCCAAAAGACACACAUAGUUUACCUUUUAUCUUUCUUCCUGCUUAAAUGGAAUUACAUGGAGAUGUAAAGCAUUUCUCUUGACCUCAGUUGAUGCUGUGCACAUAAUAGGAACUCAGUAAAUGCUGGCAAAAUGAGCAAUAUGAUUACAAUUGAAAAAGUGAAACCUAAUUAUAACCGUUAAAAUUAGAACUUUAUAAAAUAUUUGCAUAUG